AUGAAUUCAUGUCAACAAUCAUCAUAAUACUCCAUCGAAUUCAAAUGUUGUUGUUGUUGUUGUUGUUGAUCAGCUGAAGGCGUCUGUCCUGUUGACUGAAGUCAGGAACCUACAGAGAGACAAAUGGUGAGAAAAGUACUUCCUGUUCUUCCUCCUCAUGCUCUUAUCCACUCCUCCUCUCCUUCUCUACCUCCUCAGGUUGAUGGAGCAGCAGCUGCAGGUGUGGCGUCUGACCGUGCAAUCAGAGCAGGGCGUUCUGGAGGACAGGUGUUCGGAGAUGGAGGUCACCAUGGCGACGCUGAGAGAGAACAACCUGCACCUGCAGCGCAAACUCACUCAGGCUGUGACCAACAUGGAGGCUCGACAACACGCCAGCAACACAGAGAACAUGGUCAACACAGAGAACAUGCUAAUCAUGGAGAACACGCUAACCAGGGAGAACACGCUGAUCGAGGAGAACACGCUAAGCAGGGAGAACACGCUGAUCGAGGAGAACACGCUAAGCAGGGAGAACACGCUGAUCGAGGAGAACACGCUAAGCAGGGAGAACACGCUGAUCGAGGAGAACACGCCUACCAGAGAAAACACGCUCACCAGGGAGAACACGCUCACCAUGGGGAACACGCUCACCAUGGGGAACACGCUCACCAGGGAGAACACGCUCACCAGGGAGAACACGCUCACCAGGGAGAACACGCUCACCAUGGGGAACACGCUCACCAUGGGGAACACGCUCACCAUGGGGAACACGCUCACCAGGGAGAACACGCUCACCAGGGAGAACACGCUCACCAUGGGGAACACGCUCACCAGGGAGAACACGCUAACCAUGGGGAACACGCUCACCAUGGGGAACACGCUCACCAGGGAGAACACGCUCACCAUGGGGAACACGCUCACCAUGGGGAACACGCUCACCAGGGAGAACACGCUCACCAGGGAGAACACGCUCACCAGGGAGAACACGCUCACCAGGGAGAACACGCUCACCAUGGAGAACACGCUCACCAUGGAGAACACGCUAACCAUGGGGAACACGCUCACCAUGGGGAACACGCUCACCAUGGGGAACACGCUCACCAGGGAGAACACGCUCACCAGGGAGAACACGCUCACCAGGGAGAACACGCUCACCAGGGAGAACACGCUCACCAGGGAGAACACGCUCACCAGGGAGAACACGCUCACCAGGGAGAACACGCUCACCAUGGGGAACACGCUCACCAGGGAGAACACGCUCACCAGGGAGAACACGCUCACCAGGGAGAACACGCUCACCAGGGAGAACACGCUCACCAGGGAGAACACGCUCACCAUGGGGAACACGCUCACCAUGGAGAACGCCAUGGAGAGACAAAACCUGACGCCAGUUUCUGACACGGAAAACGAAGAGGAGGAGGAAAAGGAAGAUGUUUUUUUGAGGACAGAGGUCGAGAGGACCACUGCGACAGAGAGGAGGAUCCUAGCUGUUGUCCGAUAG